UUUCAAAUCAACCUUUGUUUUGUUCCCUUCUUAUUAUUGACAUUCACUCCUCCUUACCGACCUAACAAGAGAAGAGACGAGACGAGAGUACGAGACCCUUUUCUUUGUCCUCAAAUCGCUUACGAAGAAGCGAUCCAACCAUCCAUUGAGAACCCCGUUCUUGCAAUUGAAGUAGAGAUGAAACAUCCGGCGGAGGCUGCACCGGAGGAAAACUGCUCUGCCAAGCCAGCUGUCAAGCAGGGUGAGGGUCUCCGCCAGUACUACUCUCUCCAUAUCCAUGAGCUACAGCUCCUUCUCCGCCAGAAGACGCACAACCUCAACCGUCUGGAGGCUCAGCGCAACGAGCUCAAUUCUAGAGUGAGGAUGCUCCGGGAGGAACUGCAGCUUCUCCAGGAGCCCGGAUCGUAUGUCGGUGAAGUUGUCAAAGUUAUGGGAAAGAAUAAAGUCCUAGUCAAGGUUCAUCCAGAAGGAAAGUAUGUUGUAGACAUUGAUAAAAAUAUUGACAUUACAAAGAUUACUCCAUCCACAAGAGUUGCCCUUCGUAAUGACAGUUAUGUCCUUCAUUUAGUAUUACCGAGCAAAGUUGAUCCGUUGGUCAAUCUGAUGAAAGUUGAGAAAGUUCCCGAUUCUACCUAUGACAUGAUUGGUGGCUUAGACCAGCAAAUCAAGGAGAUUAAAGAGGUCAUUGAGCUGCCAAUUAAACAUCCUGAACUGUUUGAAAGUCUUGGAAUAGCUCAACCUAAGGGUGUUCUACUCUAUGGGCCUCCUGGUACUGGAAAAACAUUGUUGGCUAGGGCAGUGGCGCAUCAUACUGACUGUACCUUCAUCAGGGUAUCCGGGUCUGAAUUAGUUCAGAAAUACAUUGGAGAAGGUUCCAGAAUGGUCAGGGAACUUUUUGUUAUGGCCAGGGAGCAUGCUCCAUCAAUUAUCUUCAUGGACGAAAUUGACAGUAUUGGAUCUGCUCGAAUGGAAUCUGGAAGUGGCAAUGGUGAUAGUGAGGUGCAGCGCACUAUGCUGGAACUUCUCAACCAGCUAGAUGGAUUUGAAGCUUCAAAUAAAAUCAAGGUUUUGAUGGCCACAAACCGGAUUGAUAUCCUGGAUCAAGCCCUCCUUAGACCUGGACGAAUUGACAGGAAGAUUGAAUUUCCAAACCCAAAUGAGGAGUCUCGGCUAGAUAUUCUGAAAAUCCAUUCAAGAAGAAUGAACUUAAUGCGUGGCAUUGAUUUGAAGAAGAUUGCUGAGAAGAUGAAUGGAGCAUCUGGUGCAGAGCUUAAGGCUGUGUGCACAGAAGCUGGAAUGUUUGCUUUGAGGGAGAGGAGAGUACAUGUGACACAGGAGGACUUUGAGAUGGCUGUGGCCAAGGUUAUGAAAAAGGAAACAGAGAAGAACAUGUCAUUGCGGAA